GUUUUUUUAAAACUUAAAUUGCCCCAAAAAGAUUAACCGAAAAGAACUAAGUUUGCAGAGAACUCAGAUCUGAAAUUUCAAUAGCAACACCGUUCAAAGAUAAUUGCGGAUCAAAAAUCAAAGUACCAGGUUCGUCAAUCCUUUUUUCUAUAUUUUCAUUACUAGGCUUCCAAGCUACAAGUGAAUUCAUCAUAGUUGGAGCUGAAACUCUGAUUUAUUACGUAACUAAGGACUAAUAAUACAUGAAAGAAAUAACGGGUUUGGUAUUAGAUUUUUCUUUUUUUGUUCCCUUAUUCUAAUGGAAUUCCCCAAAUCCCCUUCCAAAGACAAACGAUUCGUCAAUCGCAAAUGGAUUUUGAGAAUCCUUGCAGCAAUUUUGGUCACUCUGCUGUUGUUACUGGGUUUUCAUUUGGAGUCAGAUUAUGGUAGAAAUGGUCACUUCAAUGCGGCAUCGUAUUACACUGUUGUUGUGGAUUGUGGAAGCACUGGUACACGGGUGAACGUGUAUGAGUGGAAGAUUGGGGUUAUAAGCAAUGGUAGCUUGCCAAUUCUGCUGAAUUCUUAUCCUGAUAACAGUUCAACAACAAAGAACUCACUCUGGAAGAGUUCUUGUCAGUAUCACUGUAUGCAAACUGAACCCGGGUUGGACAAGUUUGUGAAUGAUUCUUCGGAAGUGAGGAAUUCUUUGGAACCAUUGAUUGCUUGGGCAGAGAAUGUGGUCCCACGCGAAAUGCAUAGGGAAACACCUGUUUUUGUUCUGGCCACUGCUGGUCUGAGGAGGCUUCCGGGAAGUGAUGCCAUGCGAGUUUUGGAAGAUGUUGAGGUAGUUGUGAAAGGUCAUUCAUUUAUGUGUAGGAAGAGUUGGAUAAGGGUUUUGAGUGGGAGGGAAGAAGCUUAUUAUGGUUGGGUGGCUUUGAAUUACAAGAUGGGAAGAUUUGGUGGUUAUCAUGGUGAUCGUACUUUUGGGCUUCUUGAUUUGGGUGGCUCGUCGUUGCAGAUUGUGGUAGAGGUAGACAAUGGUGCUGGAGAUGAUUCUCAUGUUAUGACAUCAAGGAUUAGUUCAAUUGAGCAUAAUAUUGUGGCAUACUCGUUGCCUGCAUUUGGUUUAAAUGAAGCGUUUGAAAGGACAGUUCUUAUGCUCAGAAAUAGUCAAAUUGCAGAAGGAAUUGGAAGUGUCUCUAUUAUCAGACAUCCUUGUUUGAUGUCUACUUUUGCACAAAAUUAUACCUGCAAUUCUUGCUCUGCAUUUGACGCCACAUAUCAGAAAAAUCAUAGCCAACCCAAUGAAACGAAACCUCGGUCUUUACGACUUAUUGGAGAUCCUGAUUGGGAGCAAUGCAAGGAAAUAGCUAUUGCUGCUUCAAUGAACUCAAGCAAUACUAAAGUUCCACAUCCAAAUGCUGGCAAAGACUGCGAAGCAAGUUCAUUUUCUCAUAUUGGCAUCAGUCUACCUAAUUUAACAGCUAUUGCACACCCAAUCAAGCGCUUUCAUGCUUUGUCUGGUUUCUUUUUUGUCUACAACAAGCUUAAUUUGAGCCCAAGAGCCAACCUAACAAUGGUUUGGGAGUCAGGCAAACAGAUAUGUUCAAAUUUAUGGGAUAGCUUGAGCAGUAUUUCUGAUAAUUCAAAUUACAUGGGACAAUUUUGUUUCCAGGUGGCUUAUAUGGCAUCUUUGAUCGACUAUGGAAUGUGUCUUGGUGAUGUUGAAGUGGUGUUUGGUCCAGGUGAUGUUUCCUGGACGUUAGGAGCUGCAAUGGUUGAAGGUAAAUUUCUCUGGUUAAAUUCAACAAACCGCAAAGCAGAGACUAUCAUCUCAACCUUAAAGAAUGUCAAGGUCGUUUCUUCUCCAACUUUGCUCUUUGCUGUACUUGUAUUUGUUUUAUUGAUUGUUAAUUGUAGCCAAAUCAAGCUACCAAUGCCAAGCAGGAGGGCUUCUGCUUCUGGCUUAUCGUUGCCAACAUAUACUCAUAUAAGACGGCGUUCUUUUUAGCUAUUAAUUCAGUGUUCUUGAUCAUUCUGACCUUUGCAUAACUUCAUUUUAAUAAGACAUGAUACUAAGUGGUUUGAAACUUGGUGCUUAUUUAAUUGGGUCAUCAAAAAUUUAAAACCACACACCUAGAGGAAAGUGGCUUUCAUACCAAGCUUUUGAUGCCAAUUGGCAAACGUUAAUGAAAGAUAGUAGGAAAAACUCUCACGUAUUCAUUGCUGAUUCUUCAAUUGAUAUAUUGAUAUAUAAGAAUGAUAUUUGUACACCUAAAGUUAUGCUAUUCAUGUAUUUGGCGAUAUCUGAGAUUAAGUCCGUGUGGCUUGUGAAUUUGAAACUAAAGCUGGUCAUAGACUCGUAGUAGCUAUUCUUUAAAAAUGAUUGAGUACUUGUGCAAUCUUGACGUGUAAUAUUGCUGGUAAUUUAGCCUGCUUGUAAAGGUUAUUGUUUGAAAAUCAAUCAAACAUGUGAUUCAUUCGUUAUCUUCUUAAUUUUUCAUGGGUCUGCUGGUGGAUCCCGUGACGCCGGAGCUUUCACUGGCUAAGGACAAUUUUGUACCGG